AGGACAUUCAAUAUGCGGACAUCGACCACAUGGAUGAGCGUGUUGACUUCACUAUCGACCCCGUCAACUUUGCCGGACUGCCUGAAUACGUGGACCAGCUGAAGAGAGAGGGCGUACACUUCACCAUCAUCCUCGAUCCUGCUUUGAUAACUAACGUGUCAGGCUAUGAGCCCUACCAGCGAGGCACGGAGCAGGACGUGUGGAUCAAGUGGCCGACGGGCACCAGCCCCGACGAGGAGGAAACCGGCAACGACUAUAUGCUAGGCUACGUCUGGCCGCGAGGAAAAGUUGUCUUCCCAGACUUCCUCAAAGCGAGCACGCAGCAGUGGUGGCAGGACGAGAUCGUCAAAUACUACAAGGAGACGCUUAAGUUUGACGCCCUGUGGAUAAAACUUCACAAAAAGAAAGUUUUGCAAAGUUUCUUCAAGUUUCAUAAUGUGGACAGGCACCACAAACUUUUCCAAACUUUGGCAAACUCGGAGUUUGCUAAAGUUUGCAAACAAAAGUUUGGUGAAGUUUGCUAG